AUGGCAUGGCUGAACAUACAGGCCUCGUCUCGCAAGCCCAGUUCCGGUGACGGGGAUGUCCUGAACCGAUUGCAUCUCGGGCGAACAAACGGAGAGAAAAGCAAUGCAUCAGAGCCAGUUGCAGGCCAGGGUGCCAAAGCCUUCGCCCCUGCUGUGAAGCCAAGAGGCGGUGGCAUCUCGGCACUUUCAGCGGCUGCGGCCUCGGCGGCUUCGGCGGCAAAGGAGGCUGCCAAAGUCCCAGCGCCAGCUUCCUCGAAGCCACAGGCGAAGGGCAAGUACGGCUUGCCGGUAUGGAUCAAGGACGAUGCGGUGGUGCUGUACCGAUCAUCCUCUGGCAGAGAGAUGAAGGUGAUGGUGAAGCAAGUUACGCCCGACAAGGUGAAGAUCCUUUUCACGGACGGAAAGACUUGGAAGGGCCUUUCCCACGCGCAGGUGCUAGCCAAGGAUGGCCCACUUCGUCCUGUUGCGAAAGAGAAGCGAGAUCGCUCGCGCUCACCAGUUCCCGUCGUGGUUGCAGAUGCAGAUGCAGAGGUGGAGAUCCUGGAUGACUGA